AUGGCUGCUGAUAACGGGCUAUUCAUCAAUCUGAGAAUUGGGCCGUAUGUAUGUGCUGAGUGGAAUAAUGGUGGACUACCAGCAUGGCUAAACAAUGUAAAAGACAUUUCGUUUCGUUCAUACAAUGAGCCAUGGUUAGUUGAAAUGAAGCGAUUCAUCGGUGAUAUCUUAAACUAUGUAAAGCCAUAUUUGGCAUCCAAUGGUGGUCCGAUCAUCUUGGCUCAAAUUGAAAAUGAGUAUGGCGCUAAUGAUCAGAACUACGUUGAUUGGUGUGGAAAAGUGGCUGAAGAAUUCAAUGUUGGAAUCCCAUGGAUUAUGUGCAACGGGCAUUCUGCAAAUAAUACCAUUGAAACAUGUAAUAGUUGCAAUUGCGUAGACGACGGAUGGACGGACAAUCAUUUAAAACAAUUUCCUCAACAACCGUUCAUGUUCACAGAAAACGAAGGUUGGUUUCAACAAUGGGGUGAAGCGGUAGCGAUUCGGGCAACUGAGGAUUUGGCAUACUCUGCAGCUGAAUGGUUUGCUGCUGGUGGAGCUUACCAUAGUUAUUACAUGUGGCAUGGUGGAAACAAUUACGGUCGUUCGGCCGGAUCUGGUAUCACUACGAUGUACACGGAUGAUACACCAUUGCAUUCCGAUGGUACCCCAAAUGAGCCGAAAUACUCCCAUCUGGCUAGAUUACAACUGCUCAUUGCGCAACAUGCACCAACGCUAUUGUCGCAAGACAUACCGGCAAGAACGGCCUUGCCGUAUUGGGAUGGAUCAAAAUGGAGUGUGGGCACUCAACAAUUUGCUUAUAUUUAUGGUGAGGGUGAAGCUCAAAUUGUUUUUGUCAUAAAUCAAGCUAUAAUACCCUUGCAAGUUCUAUAUCGCGACACAUUCAACAUCACCAUGACACCUUUAUCCGUACAGAUCAUCGAUCAAAACGUCAAAUUGCUCUGGGAUAGUUCAGAUGUAAGUGGCGUUCAUGGUGGAAAUAGUAUAAUUAUACCAGUUGUUCAAGGUCCAUUACAAUGGCAAGUAUGGCAAGAACCGAUAGGACAAAAGAUACCAUUCGUUCCUGUCAUAAUAAAACCUGUCCCUUAUGAGCAACUGAAUAUGACAAAUGAUGACACGGUCUAUCUAUGGUAUCGUCGUAAUAUCACUCUUAUUGAACCCAACCGUUAUGUGGUUGUUGGUGUUCAAACACGUAAAGCUAAUGCGAUGCUAUUUUUUAUCGAUGGUCACUAUUUGGGUGAAUUUGAUGAUCAUCAACAUAGCCAAGGGAACAUAAAUGCUCGUGUCUCUUUAGAUAUGUCUAGUUUUCAACCAGGUGAGCAUUUCUUAGAGAUUUUGUCCAUUUCUCUUGGAUUAGACAAUGGCGUUUGGGCAAAUAACUUUGAAUAUAAAGGAAUUGUGGGUGAUGUCACAAUUUCGGGUGUAUCGAUAAAAAACAGUGGACAAGGUUGGGAACAUCAAAAAGGACUUGUAGGUGAAUAUUUACAAAUUUAUACUGCGGAAGGAACAUCAAAAGUUCAAUGGAAUGCUCAAUGGACGAAAGGUAUCAACAAGCCAGUUACAUGGUUUCAAACAAAAUUUGAUUUGUCGAUACCGAUUCAAGAUUUAAAUGGAAGUCCUCUUCUAUUAGAUGCUAAUGGUUUAACACGGGGACAUGCGUACAUCAAUGGAAAUGACUUAGGUCUCUAUUGGUUGAUUACGGGCGAAUGCUCAGAUGAUCCACCGUGUUGUUGUCAACAAGCACAAAAGAACUGUAUGACACCCACUCAACGUCUGUAUCAUAUACCACCCGAUUGGUUACAAGCAAAAGAUAAUUUAUUAACAAUUUUUGAAGAUUCAGGUGCACAAUCACCAGGUUCAGUUAGUAUUGUAAGAAGAAUUAUCACAUCGUAG